UUUAGUCAUUACUGAGGUGCGCGUUCGAGCGGUUUGAACAGCAUAUUACGUUCCGCGAUCGAAGUCGUUUUAUUUAGCUCAAUCGAUUGCGUAGCUAGUGGCGGAAAUAAACAAGUGCUCGUGGUGUCAAAUCGAAGAAGGACUCGCUCCUUCUAAUUUUGCAGUGAAGAAAAAUGGUGGAAACAGCAGUAGUUAAAUCAAGUUCAAUGUCAAAACUGAACGGUAACGGAAAUGUAGUUACGGGUGCCACAGAUACCAUCGCGACAGCAGAUGACCAUUACAACCCUUCUGUGAGAAUUUUGCACAUCCCGAAGCAGACAAAUGGGUCAUGUGGGUUCCAUUUAUCGCGAAGCAAAUGGGACCCGUACCCUUGGGUCAGUCGGGUGGAUGAAGAAUCGCCGGCAGAAGUGACCGGAUUGAAGGCCGGCGACUGCGUGCUAGAGGUUAAUAAUGAAGAUGUUCUCGGAAUGCGGAUCUCUGAAGUUGCGAACAUGGUGCGCUCGAAGACCGACAUCGUCACACUUUUGCUCUGGAGUACCGGUAUGGAACCCAGCUGUAAUACAGAGUCGCUUUGCUGCGGCCCAAUGCCCAUCAAUCUUGAACGAUUAUCAGCCAGUAUGCAAACCAUUGUGGCUGCCCUUGAGUGUCCCGUUUGUUUUGACACGAUUCCUCCACCGGUGUUCCAGUGUCAAAAUGGGCAUCUUGUUUGCUCACGAUGUCGAGCCCGGUCAGAACGAUGUGCCAUCUGCAGAGAGAAAUACACUCUCGGAAGAUCCCUGUUGGCUGAACAAGUUUACCAAUCUAUAACUGAAGCAUUCAAUUUAACAGAAGGAAAUGACGGAAAGCUGAGAGAGCGGCUGUUUGGAGCUAAAUGUAUUAGAAAGCCCCCUUUUCGUAGCGAAGGAAGUCUCCCCGAAGGAAAACAAAUACACUCUCAUACACAUAAAUUCCUAGCCAAGAUCAUGGGAAAAUCAUCUUCAGUAGAUAACCUGAGCAAAAAGCAGCACACUAAUCCCAGUGGGGAAUUGAACGGUUUGAAAGGCAAAUCCCUUUCCUUAUCGUCCAGUGAAAUUUUCAAGCGCGAUAACACAAUCUCUGUCCCUCGGUGUACAUCGGCAAAUCGGUUGGCACCGGAACUGACUGGAUCCUGCAAUAGUUUGAACACACGGCGAGCUACCUCAUCGUUGUCAUGCAAUGUUUCGGCGGAAAGCCUGAGUAGCAUACCGGAAAAUGGUAUUCAAAUCACAGUCCCUACUCAGCAGGCAACCUUUUGUUGUCCCUGUGGCGAGUAUUGCAACGAUAAGAUAAACGCUUCCGCUCUGGACCAUCAUGUAACCGACCACCAUCGUACGCCAAUCAUCUCGUUCGGAACAGCAUCGGCCGAGAUUUCACUUCCGCCGAGGACACCUGUUGACAACGCCUGCCUGGUGUUGAUUCUCGGUGGUCAUAAAUUUUGGCUGAAAUUAAUCUCGGACUCGAGCUCCACUGGGGAUAUCUUCAUUUCUGCACUGCUGCAAGGAAGCGAAUCCGACUGUCAGGAUUAUGCACUGGAGGUGGUGAUACGGAAAGCUGGACUGCAUCAGAUAAUGGGAAAGGAGCUGAUUUCACGCUCGGAAAUCCACUCGAUGCAAACUAAAUCAUGGAAUGAUAUCAGCAAUACCAGGAGCGGAGUGUUUUACUCCAGCGAUUGCAUCAAAUCAACGUUUGAUGCGGAAACGGAAAUUUUGCUGAAGGCAACCAUUAAACGGCUGUCUGAACUUUAAUUGAUGGAUAUUUAUUGGAUUGAAACCUGUAUAUUAGCUGUAAAUAUAACAUUUUGAAUGGGAAACGGUUGAUAAUACAGAUAGAAGUUAUAUAUUUAAGUUCUUACUUUGAGAAUUACUUUGAAAUACACUCAUCUUAAUAUUA